CACUUCUUCUCUCUCUCUCUCUCGGCGCCUCUCUGUUCUCUCUCAUCUCUGCUGGACUCUGGAGCUCUAAAACCCUAAACCCUUGUAGCAAGCACAAACGCGGAAAUCGAAAGUACUUCUGAUUUCUGAAAGGAAAAAGGGAAAACAAGAUCGAUAUAUCCAUUAGUCAUAUUCAAUGGCGACCUCGGUGUUGCUUAGAUCUCUCCGUCGUCGUGAUCUUUCUUCCGCUCCUCUCUCUGCCUACAAAUCUUUGACUGGAAAUGGAAAGUCAUCUUGGGCCACAUCCCAUUUGGGUCACAAAUGGUCCAUUUUGGCCAGACCAUUCAGCUCAAAGCCUGUUGGGAAUGAGGUCAUUGGUAUCGACUUGGGUACGACAAACUCAUGUGUUGCACUCAUGGAAGGGAAGAAUCCUAAAGUGAUUGAAAAUUCUGAGGGAUCUCGGACCACACCAUCAGUGGUUGCCUUCAACCAGAAAGGAGAGCUUCUUGUGGGUACUCCUGCCAAACGUCAAGCAGUGACCAACCCCACCAACACAAUUUUUGGAACCAAGCGUCUGAUUGGCAGACGGUUUGAUGAUCCCCAGACGCAGAAAGAAAUGAAAAUGGUUCCCUACAAGAUUGUCAGGGCUCCCAACGGAGAUGCAUGGGUUGAAGCCAAUGGACAACAAUAUUCUCCAAGCCAGAUUGGGGCCUUCAUUCUAACCAAGAUGAAGGAAACUGCCGAAUCUUACCUUGGAAAGUCAGUGAACAAGGCUGUGAUCACUGUUCCAGCUUAUUUUAAUGAUGCUCAGAGGCAAGCAACAAAGGAUGCUGGGAGAAUUGCUGGCCUUGAUGUGCAGAGAAUUAUCAAUGAACCCACAGCUGCCGCACUUUCUUAUGGAUUGAACAAUAAAGAGGGCCUGGUAGCAGUUUUUGAUCUUGGGGGUGGCACAUUUGAUAUUUCUAUCUUAGAGAUAUCUAAUGGUGUUUUUGAGGUGAAAGCGACCAAUGGUGAUACAUUCUUGGGAGGAGAGGACUUCGACAAUACCUUGUUGGAGUUUUUGGUUAGUGAGUUCAAGAGAACCGAGGGGAUUGAUCUUUCAAAAGACAGGCUUGCCCUCCAGAGACUGAGAGAAGCAGCUGAGAAAGCCAAGAUAGAACUGUCAUCAACAACUCAGACUGAAAUCAACCUGCCAUUCAUUACAGCAGAUGCAUCUGGCGCUAAGCAUCUGAAUAUCACACUGACGAGAUCAAAAUUUGAAACUCUAGUGAACCAUCUGAUCGAGAGGACUAGAAGUCCUUGCAAGAGUUGUUUGAAAGAUGCUAGCAUAUCAACUAAGGAGGUGGAUGAGGUCCUCCUUGUUGGAGGGAUGACCCGAGUCCCAAAGGUGCAGGAAAUAGUUGCGGAAAUUUUUGGUAAGAGCCCAAGCAAAGGGGUGAAUCCUGACGAGGCAGUCGCCAUGGGAGCUGCUAUUCAAGGUGGUAUUCUUCGAGGUGACGUCAAAGAGUUGCUUCUGUUGGAUGUAACCCCCCUAUCACUUGGUAUUGAGACACUGGGGGGUAUCUUCACCCGAUUGAUCAACAGGAACACAACCAUUCCAACUAAGAAGAGCCAGACAUUUUCAACAGCUGCUGACAACCAAACUCAGGUGGGAAUUAAAGUACUACAAGGGGAACGUGAGAUGGCGUCUGAUAAUAAGCUCCUGGGUGAGUUUGAGCUUGUGGGCAUUCCUCCGGCUCCUAGAGGUAUGCCUCAGAUAGAAGUCACAUUUGACAUCGAUGCCAAUGGAAUUGUAACUGUUUCUGCCAAGGACAAGACCACUGGUAAAGAACAGCAGAUAACCAUUCGGUCAUCUGGUGGUCUCUCUGAAGAUGAGAUUGAGAAGAUGGUUAAGGAAGCUGAGAUGCACUCACAGAGAGAUCAAGAAAGGAAGGCUCUGAUAGACAUAAGGAACAAUGCAGACACCACCAUAUACAGUAUUGAGAAGAGUUUGAAUGAAUAUAGGGAGAAGGUUCCAAGCGAAGUGGUGACGGAGAUUGAGUCUGCUAUUACUGAUUUGAGGAAUGCAAUGGGGAAGGACAACAUUGAUGAGAUCAAAUCAAAGCUUGAUGCAGCAAACAAAGCCGUAUCGAAGAUUGGACAACACAUGUCUGGGGGUUCUGGUGGUGGUUCAUCUCCCGGAGGUUCUCAGGGUGGUGGUGACCAGGCCCCUGAGGCAGAGUAUGAGGAGGUAAAGAAGUGAAGGAGCUAAAACCAGUGACAUAUGAGUUACGUCCUUAUUUUUUUCCUUUUGCGGUCGGGAUAUAAGGUUUUUAGCAGUUUUUUAUUUAAAACUUGGAAGCUUGUUUGUACUAGAAGUUCCUUGUUUAUCCACUACUAUCCAUGCAAGCUAAAAUUUCUUCAGUAGAUUGUGGAAUUAAAUUUACUGUAGAAUCACUUCAAUCCAGCAGAAAUUUUCUUCAUGGUUUGUAAUCUUCUCAUAUUGGGAAAUCCCUGUUGUUACAUUGUUAUUUGCUAUGGAUACUCAAGUUGCAUAGAUUGACCCCCUAAACUUUUCUGAAUCUUGUAUUGUGCAGCUCAUUAAGCUCACACAGAUAAGGUGAAAGCGUAG